AUGGCCUCAAUUUCGCAGAUCAUGGAGAACGUCAGCGAGGUCCUAAGUCCUUUGACCUCAGAGUUGCUGAUGUUUGCUUUGGCGGCGUUGGUCUAUAUUCUGGCCAGCCGCUCCCUCACGGUGCCCGUCAAGAAGAAGUCAGGAUCCGAGAAGGACGAGCGAAAGGCUGCGCGGCCACGGCAGCCAUGGAAGAAGGAGAUGGAGGAAACCGCGGAAGUGUAUCACGACAUCCUCCAGUUGGCCAAGGGUGGCGAAGCCUCAAGGGCCCUCAGCGCGAUGAAACGUUUGGAUUCCGCCACAAAGAUGGCGUUGCCGUCGCAAGUCGCCACUAAGGUACUAUUGGCAUUGGCCAAGUCUCCGCAAUGCGAGAGCCUCAAAAAAGACUUUCUGGAGCUUUCUGUCCAUUUCGAUUUGCGCAGCUUCGAGGCGGCCGGCACUGAAGCUUCGCGCUGGCGCAACGUGGCCUGCUGUCGCGAGUUGUACCACCUGGCAGGCCUUGCCUCGGUGCACAAGAGCGAGAAGUUCCUGGUGCUUCUGGUGCGGGGUCACUCCAAUGAUCACAAAGCCAUGCAUUCGAUUGUGGAAGACAUUUUGGCGGAAGGUGCAUCGAACCUAAGUCGACCCUUCUUGGACUCCUUGGUGACUCAGUGCUUUGGUGCCAAGAACCAAGACACCGCCAAGAUCAUCCAGGAGCAUGAGAACUCGAUGGGCAUGGACACGAAUCGCCAGGCGCGAAUCAUCAGCAGCUUCGGAAAGGAAGGGAACCUGGAUGCUGCCGUCUCAGCCUUUCAAAAAUGGAAAGAUUCGGGCGCGGCCCCCACGGUUGUUGUCUACAACUGCCUGCUCGACGCCUGCAUUGAGUGCAAAGCUCUGCCCAGGGCCCUGAAGAUCUUUGAGGAAAUGAAGGAGCAAUCCCUGGCAGAUGUUGUCAGCUACAACACCAUCAUGAAAGGUCACUUGAUGAGCCACGACACCGGCUCUGCGGAGCAGGUCUUCAUGCAGAUGCACCAAGCGGGUUUGACCGCCAGCCGAGUGACCUAUCACGGCCUGCUCAACGCCAUGGUGAGCAAAGGUGAUCGCACCGGCGCGUGGCGAAUUGUGACCGAGAUGAAGAGUCAAGGUAUCGGCGCCAGCAGCAUCACCUGUAGCAUCCUCUUGAAAAGCAUCACUGGUCGCUCGCAGGGCGCUGAACUCUCAACGAUUUUGUCACUACUGGAGGAGUCUGACAUACAGAUGGACGAGGUGUUGUUCGGAGGCUUUGCAGACGCCUGCAUCCGAUCCGGAAAUCUCAAGAUCUUGUGGAAGCAAUACCAACAGCUCUUGAAAACAGGACAGCCUGUGCAGGUCUCUGGCCCCACCUAUGGCAAUAUGAUCAAGGCCUUCGGUCAAGUGCAAGACGUUCAGAGCGUUCAGCAGCUCUGGAAGCACAUGUGCGAGCAACACGUGAAGCUCACAGCAGUCACCUUGGGUUGCAUGGUGGAGGCUUUGGUGAGCAACAACCAUGUCUCAGAGGCUUGGAAAAUCGUCAACGAUGCAUGGUCCAGUGAGGAUCAGAGAGAACUGCUGAACACCGUGAUCUACUCCACCAUCGUCAAGGGCUUCACUAUGUCUCGCCAGCACGACCAGGUGAUCGCCGUUUUCAAGGAGAUGAAGGAGCGUGGUAUUGCGUGCAACACCGUCACCUACAACACAAUGUUGAACGGACUCGCACGUUGUGGAAUGAUGCACGAGGUGCCAGAACUACUGAAGGGCAUGCGAGACAGCGAUCCACCUGUGCAGCCGGAUAUCAUCACAUACUCCACCAUCGUCAAGGGCUACUGCAUCGCUGGAGAUGUGGACCGCGCCUUCGCCCUCUUGGACGAGAUGAAGAAGUUGGGGAAUGUGAAACCCGAUGAGGUGCUUUACAACAGCCUCCUGGAUGGUUGCGCCAAGCAGUCGAGGGUGGAAGAGGCCUUGAAACUGUUGGAAGAAAUGAAGCAGGAAGGCGUGGUUCCGUCCAACUACACCCUCAGCAUUCUCUGCAAGCUCCUGGGUCGCGGAAGGCACCUUGAACAAGCCUUUGAGAUCGUGAAGACCUUUACUGAAGAGUAUGGCUUCAAAGCAAAUAUCCAGGUCUACACCUGCCUCAUGCAGGCGUGCAUCCACAAUCGCCAGUGCCAACGAGCCGUGUCUCUGCACGACCAGGUUGUGAAGGAUGGCGUUUGCGUGCCAGACGCCAAGACCUACACGGUCUUGCUGCGAGGAUGUCUCCAAGCAGGUCUGGUGGACAAGGCGUUAGCGGUAACGCGCUGCGCCUAUCAUUUGCCCUGA